CUAUAGCCCUACCAAACAAUGUUCUAAGAACCUUGUGCGGUUUUUCCGUAGCCAGUUUGGCUCAAGGCUCAGUGAUUUUUAUAUAGAUUCGAGUCCAGAGACUAAUCUCUUCUACAGAUCGUGCGACGAUGAUUCGCGUGGGAUGCUUGGGCGCCUGCGCCGCUGUGGCGAGCGGGCUCCAUGCCGACACGGGCGCCCUGACCCAGCUCCGCGGUUCCAAUCAUUCGGUCCUCAUCCUGGGAUGCUCUGUAGACAGGAACGCCGUGGAGAGCUUCUGCGGCAAGGUCGACAGGUUUUACCGCGUGGGGUGCUACGACGAGGAGCGCCAGCUCAACAUCGGCUUCGUCUUCCACCCCGGGGUGGGCAUCAACGGUGACCUGCAGCCGCCCUUUUACAACCGCACCCAGUGGGGCUCUAACAUAGGGCAGCCUAUAUCCGACGACAAGGUCCUGCGCAAGUGGUCCUCGAGCAUGGUGGGAGAGCUGUUCCCCGACAUGGUCGUGGUGGACAGCUCCCUGUGGGACCUGUCGACCUGGGCCUCGUGGGGCAUGAGAAACGUGACGGCAGCCCGGCUGCGCCAGUGGGGCAUGCAUGAUCUGAAGAAUGAAUUGGCUCGCGUGUCCGAGGCGUACGACGAGAGCCGCAUCGUCUUCAGGACUGCGCCCGCAGUGUACAAGACAAAGUGGGUCGUUGAUGACACAGGACACGAAUACAAGGAUGUGGCGGCAAUCUCGAAUGAUGGAAUCCGCAUGAUGCAGAGGGAGCUGAGGAAGCACAUCAAGGACGGCAAGCUAUAUGGCAAGUACGAGGUGAUCGACUACAGCCAGAUAAUGGACGAUCUUAUCCAGGAGCGCGGGGCCGACGAUCCGUCCCUGUGGCUGAAGGACGGGUACCAUCCCAGUGCGGAGCCAUCCUGGCGCUACCUCAACGAAAUCUUCCGCCUCAUGGACCUGGCGACGGUGGAGAAGAAGGUGGAGUUGGACGGCUUCCAGCGGCGGUGGGCGGCGGCCGCUGGCGACAGGGACGAGGCGGGCGAUCUGCCGUGAGCGCUGCGACAAUUCCCUCGCCAGCCCGAUUGCCCGAAUUGUGAAGAUGGGCCCGGUGGUUCUCACUUCACUGGAAUUAAUCAUAUUCUGUUUGAGCGA